GGAGCCCGGAGCAGGAGCCCCGCAGCCGCCCUUGCCCCGUCCCGUCCCGCGGGGAGCCGGCAUGGAGUGACAGCAGCCGCCAGGAGAAGCCCCAAAGAGAAACAGAGAUGGCCAAAUUGACAGAGUCGAUGACCAACGUCCUGGAAGAAGACUCAAUGGAGCAGGACAUCGAGAGCCCUGUCGCUAUCCAUCAACCAAAGUUGCCCAAACAAGCGAGAGAGGAUCUGCCAAAAAACAUCAGCAAAGAAUGUGCCAAGAGAAAAAUCCAGAGGUACGUUCGGAAAGAUGGGAAAUGCAACGUCCACCACGGGAAUGUCAGAGAGACUUACCGGUACUUGACUGACAUCUUCACCACCUUGGUGGAUCUCAAGUGGAGGUUCAACCUGCUGAUCUUUGUCAUGGUUUACACGGUGACCUGGCUCUUCUUCGGCAUGAUCUGGUGGCUCAUUGCCUACAUGCGAGGGGACAUGGAUCACAUAGGGGACAGCACGUGGACCCCCUGCGUCAGCAACCUCAAUGGGUUUGUCUCAGCCUUUUUAUUCUCAAUCGAGACCGAAACCACCAUUGGGUACGGUUACCGGGUCAUCACGGACAAGUGUCCCGAGGGAAUUAUCCUGCUUUUAGUGCAGUCUGUCCUAGGUUCUAUCGUCAACGCCUUCAUGGUUGGCUGCAUGUUUGUGAAAAUAUCCCAACCCAAGAAGAGGGCAGAAACCUUGGUUUUUUCUACAAACGCAGUCAUUUCCAUGCGGGAUGGAAAGCUGUGUCUGAUGUUCCGAGUAGGAGACCUUAGGAAUUCACACAUUGUAGAGGCAUCAAUACGAGCCAAGUUGAUCAAAUCCAAACAGACAAAGGAGGGGGAAUUUAUACCACUCAACCAGACAGAUAUCAACGUAGGUUAUUACACAGGGGAUGAUCGUCUCUUUUUGGUUUCACCACUGAUCAUCAGCCAUGAGAUUAACCAGCAGAGUCCUUUCUGGGAGAUUUCCAAAGCCCAGUUGCCCAAAGAGGAGCUAGAAAUUGUUGUAAUCCUAGAAGGAAUGGUGGAGGCAACAGGGAUGACCUGCCAGGCUCGCAGCUCCUACAUCACCAGCGAGAUCCUCUGGGGCUAUCGCUUCACCCCCGUGCUCACGCUGGAGGACGGCUUCUACGAGGUUGACUACAACAGCUUUCAUGAAACCUACGAGACCAACACCCCCGUUUACAGUGCCAAAGAGCUGGCAGAGAUGGCCAGCCGAGCAGAACUGCCCCUGACCUGGUCUGUUUCCAGCAAGCUGGACCAACACGCCGAGCUGGAAACGGAGGAGGAGGAAAAGAACCAAGAAGACCAAAACGAAAGAAACGGAGACGUGGCCAACUUGGAGAACGAGUCCAAAGUGUAGAACCAGAGGAGAAACAAAGGCCACGUCACCUCCUUUGUCUCCUCCCUCUCUGCUCCCUGUUCCUUUCUGCGACACGCCUUUAAUUUUUUUCUUUUUUUUUUUCUCUUCCUGUUAUCGGUAACUCGCAGGAAAUAAACACUUCAGAUCUCAACUUCCACCCGAGAGAUUCCCAGACUGAGCAAAGGCGUGGGUUAAAGCUGCAACACCCAUCAGGGACGGUGGAAUCUCCCCCUGGCACUGACUGAGGGCACCUCUCCGGUGGAGACCUCCAGGUUUAUCCACAUCGACAACACAAAACCCAGUCCCUGAACGCAAAAGGAAACGACCACGAGGGAUUUAAAAGGAAAGACUAAUUAAUGAACUAAUGUUCAUCAAAGCAAUGGGCCUUGACUGAGGUUUUUAUGUGUUCCAGGACAGUUUCAGAGACUGGGCCUUGCAGCUUUAAGAGGAAGGUGAGCAGAGGGACCUGCAACCCCACACGACCCUGUACAUAUGCCUUAUGUAACUAUUUCUCUCUACAUUUAGUAAUAAACGCCGCAUGUACAAAAGUACUGUAGUAAAGGACUUCUAAAUAAUGCACACAGCUGUGUAAUUAAUGUAGGUUUAGAAACAGAGCUGUAGAAAUAUUGGGAUGCAAAAACCAACUACCCAUCAAGUAGGCAUUUCUCUUCAAAUAUUUGCAGCGUAAAAUUGAUUUUAGGGGUUUUUUGGGGUUUUGGGUUUUUUUUCCUCCUCCCCCCUGCGACUCUUCUAGUGCAUAACAUUUUCUUCGGUGUACCAGACUGGCAGCUAUUUAGAGUACCUCACUGUUGGCCAAACAGAUCGUUUCACUCACUCUAAAAAGCCAUAAGUCUGGGAGAGGGCAGGGUAGAGAAUUGUACUCCUGACAUACUGUGAAAAUGUUUACACACAAGGCAAAACCCUUCCCCGGUUACUCUUUUUUGGGGGGCAGUCCGACCGAGAAAUUGAGGCUGUGGCAAACUCGUGGCUAACCAGGAUUUCCUGUGUACUCUUCAUAUAACGAGCGUGUGUCGUGUGGAGGUGUUGUCCUUAACGCGCAAUAUCCAGGGAAUCUGCUCCCUCCUCCCCACCCGAACCGCGGGAUUCCGGAGGAGUCCUUUGCUACACGCAAAAAAAAAAAAAAAAAAACAGAAACCAAACUCCCACACACAAGCCAUUGAAAAAUGAAUGUUGCACCUCAGCCAGUAGAUUUCAGCUGCUCCAGCUGGGAAAGAAACAACUGGAUUUUGUGUGGAGCCAGAAUCCAUGGGAUUUGCAAUUUGCUGGUGCUGAGGCGCGGGGGGCGCAGCAUCCCAGAGGGCGUCCAUCCGCCAGGAUUCCCGGGAGAACACACGGAUCCUGCCACCCACGCUCAGGGGAGCGACUCCUCAGUGAGUUUCUCCACCUUGGGUAGCUCCCUGGUUGUUGUAAAUCCCUGGAAAAGCCCGGGACAUUCCAUCCACGGGGCAGGGAGGACUCGCACCGCUUCCACGGCAGCACCCACGGCAGUGGGGGAGCUCAGCCCCACCGAGAACAGCAUUUCUGCCAGCAAAGGAGGAGAGGCUGCAGCCUUAAUUUUGGGUGUUUUUUUCACGCCUGCCUACUCCGGGAAGAAAGAAAACACUGAAGAGAACCCGAAGCUUCUUCUUUUUUUUUUUUUUUUUUUAAACCGAAAAAUUUACGUUCAAAUAAAAGAGAGAAAAAAAAAAUAAAUAAACCUCAGGAGAAACACGGGCAGGUGGAAAAUUUGCACUGUGAUAUAGCUUUGGCAUUAAAUUCACACCUCUUUUCCUUUCUUUUUAAAUAUUUUUUUCUUUUUUUUUGCUGGUACAACUGCCCCUUGCUAAUUUUCAGAGAGUGGCUGAUCCGGGGGUGGCCUCCAGGUGAGGAGGGCACAGCAGGGCCUGGCGAAGGGAAGAUCAGGCUGGAAUGGGAAGAGGUUUCUUUUUUUUUUUGGUUUCAGCGCUGACCAUUUUCCCCUGAAAAGCUUUCCCAGGAUGCAAGGAACGGUGCAGGAUGAGGAUUUUGGUCCCUCCACCCGGGGUGGAUGAUUCUGGAUGCUCGGUGAAGGUUGGAGACGCUUCCUGGCAGACACCCCUCGGCCACAGCCCUUCCCAAGCUCGUCCUCCCGCCCCAGCAUCACCGGCUGCCCCGUGCUCCAGCCCAUCCACCACCAUCCCCACGGCUCCCCACGAGGGGUGAUGAGGGUUUUUAGGGAAAAGUGGCUCCCCCGCCCCUCUGGAAGCGUCUCCAUCCCGCCAAAGGUGCACGAGCCGAAAGCAAAGCUUUCCCUCGGAGGAUAAACCUGCUCUUCGCUCUCAGAAUUCACUGGGCCACUCGAGAAGUCGUUGCUGCAGGUUGAGAAAAUUCUGUGUCGGUCGCAACAGCAGCUCAGGGCCCUGAUGAAACCUUUUCUUUUUGUGUCCUUCGGCACGGAAAAAAAAGAGACUUUCCGCCACUGGGGCAUGCGCAUGUGUAAGCUUUAUUUUUGUGAAUAGGGCACUUACAGCUUAAGGUGUGUGUGUUUUGUCUCUUUCUCUCUCUCCCCCCAACCCUGUAUUUCCUUGUCUUUGGUAUCCAUGUAGUACGGACUGUAAAGUUUAUGAGAUCUCUUUUUUUUUUUUGUAACAUAAGCUUUAAAAAAAUAUAUAUAUAUAUAUAGAAGCCUCCAAAGCUUUCAACGGGGAAGCUUCACGUAAACUUUGUACUAGAAUGUCCCUAUCAAACACCUCUAUUUUUCUACAAUGAUUGA